UCUCCAGCGGACACCUAAAGCGGGACUUGGCUGGCAGCGGCGGCAGCAGCAGCAGCAGCACCAGGAGCGGGCUGGGCUGCGCGCAGUGCGCCUCGGCUCGGCUCUCGCAUCCACACAAGAUGGCGAUGGAGGGGAGGCGGCAGCAGCAGCAGCGACGGCCGCGGCGGCAGCAGCAGCAGCAGGAGACGGAGCGCGAGCCCCCUGCCCGCCGGCGCGCCUAGAGGAGCCCGGCCCGCAGCCAGCCAGCCGGACUCCGCCGGGCCCCUCCUGGUCGCCCGCGGCUCCCACGCCGGGCGUUCAUGGCGCUGGAGGCGCUGCUUGGCCUCGCCUCGCUCGCCUUGACCUUGACCGUGCGAGGAGAACACCUCGGAGGGCUUUCCCUGGAGCUGAGCUGUGGUGCCGGACCCGGCCAGGUGACGUUGGAGCCGAACCAGACCCUGGCGCUGAGCUGCCGCCUGGCUUCUCAGCUCCUCAACGUGACCUGGCAGAAGAACGGGCUGCCGCUGGGGGAAGAGGGGAACCCCCACGUCCUCCCCAACGGAGUGUUGCUCGUCUCGUCAUCCCCGGUGGCUUCGGACGAUGGCGGCUCUCUCGGAGGGUCCGGCGUGGAAGGAAACUACUCCUGCAUCGCUCAUGGCUCCUUGGGGUCUGUUGCCGGCCAGACGGUGGUGCUGCGUGUCUCAACUUUGUCUCAGUUUUUUCAGCACCCAGAGUCCCAGACCGUGGGAGAAAAUGGCGUGGCCCGCUUUGAGUGCCGGAUCGAAGGACUUCCCCCACCCGUAAUCACCUGGGAGAAGGACCACAUGGCGGUGCCUUCAGAACCCAGAUUUAUCGUUCUCCCAAACGGCGUCCUCCAGAUCACAGACGUGCAGGAGAAUGAUGCCGGGAAGUACCAGUGCAUGGCGACCAAUAGCGCGGGGAAACGCUAUAGCUCUUUUGCGGUUCUUAGUGUCUCAAAAGGUUCUCAGCCGCCAGCCACGGAGGACGUGUCCAUCCUCACCGCACCAGAGAACGCCACGGUGGUGGUUGGCGAGAGUGCUGUGAUGGAGUGUAUGGCAUCUGCCAGCCCCACGCCGUUUGUCUCCUGGAUACGGGAGGAUGGGGACCCUGUUUCCACUGAUGUGAUAGUGUUGGGACGGACCAACCUCUUGAUUCCUCGUGCCCAGCCUCAUCACUCAGGAGUGUACGUUUGCCGUGCCAAUAAACCCCAGACGAGGCAGUUUGUGACAGCUGCGGCUGAACUCCGAGUCCUUGCUCCUCCUACCAUCUCCCAGGCUCCCGAAACCAUCUCUCGGACCGGAGCCAGCACCGCCAGGUUUGUCUGCAAAGCGGAAGGCGAGCCGUUCCCCGGCAUCCACUGGAUGAAGAAUGGGAAGCCCCUCUUGUCCAACGGCCGGGUGAAGGUGCAGACUAGCGGCACCCUGGUGAUCAACCAGAUCGGGCUGGACGAUGCCGGCUACUACCAGUGCGUGGCGGAAAACCCCCUGGGCAUGGCUUGUGCCACUGCCCAGCUGCUGGUGGUGGUCCGGGAGGGGCUCCCCAGUGCUCCGAAGGGGGUGUCGGCCAGUUCGCUCUCCAGCUCCUCCGUCUUGGUCUCCUGGGAACGGCCGGAGUUCAACAGCAAGCAGAUCAUUGGGUUCUCGCUGCAUUACCAGAAGGCCCUAGGCACUGACAAUGUGGAGUACCAGUUUGCAGUGAAUAACGACACGACAGAGUUUCAGGUCAAAGACCUGGAGCCCAACACCAACUACGUGUUCUACGUGGUGGCCUACUCGCAGCUGGGAGCCAGCCGGACUUCUUCGUCCAUAAGUGUGCAGACCCUGGAGGACGUUCCCAGCGCCGCGCCUCAGCUUUCUCUGUCGAGCACGACUCCGACCGACAUCAAGGUGAUGUGGCUGCCCCUCCCAGCAGAACUCAGCAAUGGACGGAUCACCAAAUACAAAAUUGACUACGCGCCUCUUAAGGAAGAUCUGAUUUCCUCAACGGAAGUCGGGACGAAUGAGACGCAAUUCACUCUUUAUGCCCUGCACCCUAACAAGAUCUACAAAGUGCGUAUUGCAGCCAGCACCAGGGUGGGCUACGGGACCCCUUCAGAGUGGACACAGCAUCGUACACCAGACAGAGACAACCAGACCCACGUUCCGUUUGCCCCGACCGAGUUAAAAGUCAGAGCGAAAAUGGAGUCACUCUUGGUGAGUUGGCAACCUCCAGCCAACCAUGCCCAGAUUUCGGGUUACAAACUCUACUACCGAGAAGUACCCACAGAGGAGACGAGCGAAGAGAACCCUUCCGAAGGCACUGGGGAUAACCUUUGGGAUGUUGGGCCGAUAAAGCUGAAGAAGAAGAUCAAGCAAUACGAGCUGACCCAAUUAGCUCCCGGGAGGCUCUACGAGGUGAAGUUGGUGGCGUUCAACAAGCACGAGGAUGGCUACGCUGCCGUGUGGAAAGGGAAGACAGAGAGAGCACCCGUGGCAGCAGUUGACCCCCCAGUUCAGAAGGGCCCACCACUCCCUCCAGCCCACAUCUACGUCGAAUCCAACAGCUCCACAUCAAUUUGGCUGAAGUGGAAGAAACCGGACUUCACCACCAUGAAGAUCGUCAACUACACGGUGCGCUUCAGCCCCUGGGGGCUGAAAAAUGCCUCCCUUGUGACUUACUACACAAGCUCUGAUGAAGACAUCCUCAUAAGCGGCCUGAAGCCAUACACUAGAUACGAGUUUGCAGUGCAGUCGAAUGGGGUCGGCAUUGACGGGCCAUUUGGGAACGUGGUCGAGUGGUUCACCCUUCCAGACAGGCCAUCGACUCCUCCCUCCGACUUACGGUUGCACCCCAUCAACCCCUACGCGGUCCAGGUUCACUGGUGCCCCCCGUCAGAACCGAACGGCAUCAUUGUGGAGUACAUCAUCCUGUACAACGCCAACAACUCUCAGCCCGACGAGAUGUGGACGCUGCUGACAAAAGAGGGCAAUAUUUUCAGUACGGAAGUCCAUGGGCUGGAGAGCGACACCCGGUAUUUCUUCAAGAUGGGAGCAAAGACAGUCGUUGGGUCGGGACCCUACUCGAACGUGAAGGAUGUGCAGACUCUGCGUGAGAAAUUCUCAGACUUGCUGGACAUCCACUCGGUCACAGGGAUCAUCGUGGGGGUCUGCCUGGGCUUGCUCUGCAUCCUCUUCUGUAUGUGUGCCAGCUUCCGCAAGAACAAACCAAGGGAAUCUGUGCCAGGUCUUGAUUCUCAAGCCGCGGGCAACCACACAUAUCAUCCCCGGAACCGGCAGGCACCACCGCCUCCUGUGGCCCCGACGAAUUCCCAUGAGCUGGAGUCCCUCAUGUCCCCACUGUCGGAGGAUGCUCCCUCACCCCCGACGGACAUUGUGGAGCUGACCGAAGUGCAGGGCCUCAUCCGGGACAGCCCUCUAGGUGGUGGAAUGGGCCACGUCAAAAGAAAGCCUCUGUGGGAUAAACCACCGAACACCUGGGCAAGCAGCAUCACCGGCUACGGGGACCCCCUCACGAAGGAGCCCCUCGUGGCUUUGAAUGGCUCGCUGAAGAUGGCAUCCAACGGCGGGCAGAAGCUCCUGUUGCAAGCGCUGGUUUACGAGGUGGUUACGAGCGAAGUGAGGAAAGAGCCGCCCCCCAGCAGCCUCAACCAGAUGGAAGCGGAGGUCAUUGUCCAUUCCGACUUCGCCUCCGACAGAGACGGCAGCUCCCAACUUCACGUGCUGGACGCGGAGGAGGAGACUUUCUCGGAGGACUGCUGCGAGCCCGGACACUGCCCGGCGGCGGCGGAGGGCCGUUCUCGGCAGGCCUCUCUCGGCUCGUCUGAGCAGAGCCUCGGCAAAGCAUUCCAGGACCCGGGAGAUGAGGGCGAACCGGAGGCCGCUGGCACCCCGCUAAGGACAGAGAGGCGGGCGCACAAGGUGGCCGCCGGGCUUCUGGGGGUCGCCGUCGACUAAAGGCUCGAGCACGGCAGAGCGAGGGAAUAGCAUGACGUCUUUUGAGUCGGGCUUAGCCCGCGGUGGUACUAAAACCCACGCUUGGCAGAAGGGGGGCAGCGGGGCCCCCCAAGAGCUUUUAUGGAGACACACACACACACACACACCCUGCAUAUUUCGUGGCCGCCCCAGGGCUGUUCUCCUCCUGCCCUUGUGCGUACUUCCCCCGCCCCCAUGCCCACUCUGCCAAGAGGCUGCUGAAAACAAAGCCAACGCCACACCCCGGGAGAGCACAACAGGGGCUGCUGGGGGGAUUGCUCAUCGGCAUGGCUGCUCCACACGUGCCAUGUGGCAGCGGCUUCUGCGUGAUGUGCCAUUCCUGUGCAGAGCCUCACCCAGCAGAGAGGGGCGUUUCGAGUCCUCGCCCUGCUGCUGCAAGCAGACCCCUCCCUCUUCCCCCCCCCAGCGGUAUUGCCGUGGCAUGGAGGAGACCACCCUUGCCACGGCAUGCAAAGUUCGCCUGCCCUGGUGGGGCAGCAGGCCAGAUCCUCCAUCAUUUAUGUAUUUACGAGAGUCGAGCAGGGAAGCUUUUCCUGGACGGUACCAGGUUUGGCUGCAGUGGUGGUGAGGAUUGUGUGCCUGAAUAUGCUCCGCUCUAGGAUGUAAAGGAGAGACCCCGAAUCCUAGCACGAGAGUGCCCCCCCCCCGCCCCCAGGCACGGCUGCCCCUCGUGGGGGCCAGCCCCCUUUCAGGCCUGACCCACGCAAGCUUUGGCAGUGGUGUGAGAGGAGGGCAGGUUUUCAGCAGCCUCCUCUUUCCUCCUUGUGCUUCGUCCAGACUCUGUGAGGAAGCGACUCGCCUCCCAAGGCUUGCGAGGGAUCCGAUGGGCCUCGUGCCAUCCUGCUGGUGCCAGUGCGCUCUCUCGUUUUUAAAAAGCUGUGCGCAGAAUGUGUUUUGUUCUAGGCGGCAGUCUCGCGGCCAUGCCCGCGCGCACCUGCAUUCACAGUGGGGCCUUCCCGGUUCAGUUUAAAAUGGACGGCGCGGGCAUCAGAGAAGUGUGAGCGCGCCCACAUGUGCACCCCCUAGAGGGAACACUGCCUGGCGCCCCAAUAACCUGGCACCUGCCGUACCUGGGCAAGUCAGGUGUGGCAGGAAGCACAGGGUAGGAGCAGACCAAGCCAAGGUCACCAGAGGCCGGAAGCCAAGGAUCAGUCCUGCUUCAUCCUCCGAGUCUGAGGACGAGGGUAGGGGAGUGUUGAGAGGGUUGAAAGGUGUGGGGCGGGGGCACGGGUGGUGGAGGCGCCUCGGAUCCCCUCUCCUCCUCCCUGUCGGACCCUGGCAUGUGGGGGUCAGAUUCGGGGCUAAUGGCCGCCUCCUGCGCUGAAUCCUCUGCGGCCCAGGUAGCAUGGUCAGGCUCGCUGUCCAUGACACCCCCAGAGGCAAACGCCUCGCCUCGCCUCAGGACCGCCCCCGACUUAGCAUGUUCUCCUGAUGCAGCAGAAUCAGGUGGUGAAGUGGUCGCAUGGUGGACUGGCCCACACGGGAGCCAACUGCACCUUGGGCUAGUCCUCUUGCUUUCAAAACUCCUUGCAAGCAGAAAGCCAGGGCAGCUGGCAAAGAGCCGGCAUAGAAUCUCCCCCUCCCCUGCUGUGCUAGGUUUCUGUUUGUGGGGAGCUUUUCAUGUGCAAGCAUGGUCCAAGGUGGCACUCUUCAACACCCCCCCCCAAUCUGAAGUAAUCUAGACCUUUCAAUCAACUCCUCCUUCAGAUAUAGAUCAGGCCCCAGUCUAGUUUUCUCUCUAAUGUGCUAAGUGUUCUUUACGUGCAGGGUAAGGGGUUUUUUCUUUUUGUUUCUAAGGGGAGUAUUCAAAUAUGCAGUUGCCCCCCCCACCUCCACCCCUCAGCCUGAAGUGGUGCAGUCUGUGGAAGGUGUCGCCACUUGCAUUUAAAUUGGAAAGCGGCCUCCGCAGCAGGGCCUGUUCCAAUGCAUCAGCCCGUUCUAGCAGGCGGAAACGGCAACGUCUUCUUAUUACACACUCUAAGAGUGCUUCUAACCACUUGUACCGAAAAUAGAGAACCUUCUUCAGCUUCUGGGUCGCCUUGCCAGCCUGGACUUUUGUGUUAACAUAGGGCAUGACCCAGCAGGGACUCCCCCUCCGAGCAGACCCCACUGGACUUCUCAGGGGGCUGCUCUCACGGGGGAAAUGCCUUGCAGGUGUGGCCCGUAGGUUCUUGUACCUAAUAUUUUAGGUAUCGAUCUCACCUUUUCUCCUUUUUUAAUGUAUGACAAUGUAUUUUUUUUAUUUCCUCAGAGCAUCUUUAUUAUAUUAUUUAAUUUUAUAAGGAAAAAGAAAGAAAAAAUUUGAGUAGCGUGUGUUGUAGCCUAGCAUUUUUACUACUAUUUCUCUAUUGAUUUUCUCUCUCUCUCUCUCUCUCUCCUUAACAACACAACUACCUCAUGCUUGUUUUAAAAAAAGGAAAAUAAAAGCAGUAGAUUUUG